AUGACUGAUGUCCGGGCCCUCCUCGCCGCUGAGCGUCAGUCCCGUCGCAUAACCCAUCCUCAUCUCUCAUACACGAAAUCCGGCAUACUCUUGUGCAAUAUCUGCAAUCUCAACGUGAAGUCCGAGGCUCUCUGGGAAGGACACUUGAAAAGUGCAAACCACCGGAAGAACGUCGCCACUCAAGCGUCCCGGCAGGCUAGCUUAGAGUCCAGUUCAGGCAAGGGCGUUAAGAGAAAAAUUGAAGAUGUUGAUGAAGUAUCACCGGAGCGUGAUGAGCAGAAAUCUGAGGCACGGAAGAAGCCGAAAUCACGGCCGGAGAGCACUCUUGUGGAAGACGAAGACGAAGAGCAGGCAGGACCAGUUCUCCUAGAGCAGGAAGUACCCGGGCAACAGAUAGGGCAGACGCGGGCCCCAUCGCCGGUGACGGGCGAUGCAGUACAAACGAAGGAACCCUCCGCACCUGCUCCUGCCGUUAACGAAGACGAAUGGGCAGCCUUCGAACGUGAAGUAGCACCACUCGCGGCAGACAAGCCCAAACCGGACUAUGCCUCUGCCACUAUCACGGCUGCCCCUCUGACGGCCGAUCAGAUCACGGCACAGCAAGACGAGGAUAGAAGACGGAGACUGGAAAUGGAGGCAGAGGAUGAGAAGGAAGACGAAUUGGGAAAGUUGGCUGAAGAAUUCGAUAUCAUGGAGGAGAUGGAGGACCGAGUUCGAAAGCUGAGAGCGAAGAGAGACGCGCUGAGAACUGCUGCGAAGCCUGGGGACGAUACAGGCCAAACGACUGACGGAGCAUCAAUUGCUACGGUUGUGGUUUCAGCAGCGACCAACGGAGUCGAGGAGGACGAGGAGGACGAGGAUGAGGAGGACGAUUGGUAUUCAUAA